CAACAGACUGAAAUACAGUAGAGAGGCCCAGGCAAUGGACGAGGACCCCUGUUGCCCAACAGAACAGAGGAGAGAGGACAUAAAAGGAACUGGCUGAGGGUCAGUGAGGCAGAGGAAGGAGGAUGGAGCCCCUCAGGAAGCUGCUGCUGUUGGCCAGUGCCGCCGCUGUCCUCCCAACACGAGUUUUGCCUCAGCCCUCCCUAAGCUAUGAGAAGGCCCUGUCUGCAGCCAUUUACUUCUACAACCAGGGACCUGGGAGAGAGAAUGCGUUCCGGGUAUUUCAAGUCCACUCUUUUCCAUCCAUUCAGCCUCUCCAAGAGCAAACCCAGAAGUUUCUGAGUUUUACCUUGAAGGAAACUGUGUGUCCAGUGACUGAGGAGCUCCUGCUGGACCAGUGUGACUUUAAAACAGAUGGGCUGGUGAAAGAAUGUCAAGUCUCAGUAUCUAAUGAACAGGACAUGGCUGCCAUCAUCCUUACUUGUAACCAAGUGCCCCCAGAGCCACUUCGCUUCAAAAGAAUACGUUGCCUAAACGGAAGGAAAUGCAACUAUCAUAACUUGCUUCUUACAAUCGUACCUCAUUGGAGGAUACCAAAGGGCAAGUAAAUCUAGCUUAUCCUGAUCUGCUGUAUCCCUAGUACAGCCAUCAAAUGCCUUCCCCCUGGCAUUAUUUACCUUAUUUUCCAUUACCUUCUUCCAGCAAGACAUAAUGAUGAGUAAUAGGGAAUGGUCCACCUCAGAAGGCAUCUCCCCUUGUUGAAAGGGAUGAGGAACCUGUUUCCUGGAGAUCUGUGAUGACUUGUGAUGUAAAUGCCUUACAGUACCUAUGGAGAUAUAUAGACAUGCUGUUAUUGUUUGUGGACUGCUGAGUCAUGUGGUUCAGAGGAGCUUUUGUGAUUGGCUAUGUAUCAGGAGCUGAGAAUGUCCUCCAAAGGCCUUAGCCUCUGCCAUUUUUCUUUAGCCUCUCUCUCUUAGUUGCACUAAGAUAUCUCCCUCCCAGUGGGAGAGCUCAUUUAAUCUGUAUAUUGUUGGGUAUAUUCUAACCUGUAUCAUUGCUCUGAUUUCUGUUUUCUAUCUGAUUAGAUAAAAGAGCUUAUUUGAUGUUCA